AUAAGAUCGCAGAAUCAAAUCUAUCAUUUAUCAUGCCAAAAUCAAAUUUAUUUCUAAACGAAAUCUUUGAAAGAACUUGUAUCAAUUGAGAAACAAAUUGUAUUUCUUUUGAAGUAAGAUUUUCGCUGAAUUAUUAUGAUUGUUAUAUUAUUAAAUCUAAGAUUGAACAAGUUUUAUAUCAAAUCAGGACUUUUAUGCGAAGAGUUAGAAUGGUCAAAGUAAUUUUGAAAUUGAAAGCAUACCAAGGAAAUAUCAUAAGCCAAUGAAACUCUGCUCAUGCUUUUAAUGCGUUUUACAGCUGCUGAGGCAGAACGGCAUAAAGCGGUUUAACAAAAAAAGUAAACCGCCAUUAUUUUAUUUUUAUUUUUUCCUUGUUAUCAUAAUCAUAUUAUUAAUAAAUUUAUUUUUAUUUUGUUUAAUAUACAAUCAUGACCAAUCUCAAUGGACAGUCAAAUCAUCAUUCACAAAGGAAUCGUGUUCAAUAUCAAGAUUUAUGUGAUACUUUUCGGAUACAAAUCAAGCCAUUCACCUCACAAUAUUAUCCAUACUAUCUGGCUCGAUUGGAAGCUGUUAGACCUUUGAUACAUAAAUCUAUUGAAGCAAAGUGGAGUGAUACUGCCAAAGUAAUCAAGAUUAGUGAAUUUUCUGACCAUGCCAAUGAGAAGGUUAUCAUUAUUGGUGUUCUAUUUAAACAAAUGAAAAACCAACCGACCAUCUUGAAAGAGAUUGCAUAUGAGGAAAAUCAAGACUCUUCACCAUUGACGCCACAAGAUGAUUAUACUGAUGAAAAUGAUCAUCUGCUACUCCAGAAUGAAAAUGAAUGUGUCAAACUACAUGGGAAUAUUUCUGUUCAUUCUCAUGUAACUGGUGUUGUAAUUGGAUUGCUUGGUUACGCUGAUUCCGAAGGAAAUGAGUUCACAGUUGAAGACUAUUGUUAUCCUUUGUUGCCUGAUCCUUGGUCAAGAUCUUCGAUAGCUGUUAACAAUACUAAUAAUUGUAAUGAUAAAUAUAUACUACUUGUUUCUGGUCUUGGAUUUAGUCGUAACCUAUCAUCAAAACUGAAGAAUGCUCUGGACAUGCUGUCCAAUUACCUCGUUGGCCUAUUAGAUCCAGAUGAUGGGAAUAGGUCUGCAAAUAUUAUUCGCCUUAUUAUUGCAGGUAAUCUAAUUGGAGAAUCUGUUCGGACCGAGGAAGAAGCUAAAGAUGAAUCCUUGAGUAAACCAUGGCUAAGAAAGGGCAAGCCUUACACUGUUGAUAUAAUGUCAACAAUUGAUGAAUAUCUUGCUGAAUUGGGUAGAAGCAUUGAAAUUGAAAUCAUGCCUGGUUUUACUGAUGUAACAAACGUUUCUAUUCCUCAACAACCCAUUCACCCAUCCAUUUUGCCUCGAAGUAGCAUUUACUCGACAAUUAGAGGAGUUACAAAUCCCUAUGCUGCCUCAUUUGAUUCUCGUUUAUUUAUUGGCAAUUCUGGUCAAACGAUUGAUAACAUACGUCGAUUCAGUAAUCUCAAGGACCCAAUUGAAAUUAUGAAGAAGACUAUUUCUUGGUGUCAUUUAGCACCAACAGCACCAGACACUUUACACAGCUAUCCUUGUAAGGAUAACGACCCAUUUUGCUUGACAAAAUUACCUGAUGUUUAUUUCACUGGAAAUCAAGACAAAUUUGCCACAGAGAUACAAGAAUUCGGAUCGAGCAAAAUUCGAUUCAUAUCAUUGCCAAAAUUUGAGAAAUCAUUUACUGGAGCUUUGGUCAAUUUGAAUGAUCUUUCCUGUGAUUGCAUUUCAUUCAGUACAUCCUAAGUCCAUACAUACAUAUCUUUUAUUACCAAGACUAAGAUACAACUGCCUAUCGCAAUAUUUAGAAAUGUUGGCGCCUUUAUUAAUCUCGAUUGUUAAACUGCAUUCAUCAUUUCUAUGACGCAAAGCCUGCUCUUUGAUAUUUUAAUCAUCAACUAUCAACUAUAUUUACAAAUUCCCUCUUUUUUGACUUGACUCAAUCAUGGCAUUUCCCGGUUUAUUAUCAAAUUUUUAUCUACUUUGUUUCUUAAACUUAUAUUUUGUAAGCAAUCAUUGCUUUAAGUGCAUCUAAUCAUCUUUAUAAAUCUAUUCUAGCUACCUUAGCUAUUUUUUAUUCAAGCAUAUUCAACAUUUUCAUUGGCGUACGCUUUUCCAGACUAAACACAGUCUUAAACAGCUGUAAUGAAAUAAACAUUUCCAAUGAAGCAAAACACUUAAAUCUACUUGUUAAUAUGCAAUAAUUGAAUCAUCAAUAUCGCUAAUUAAUCCCAUUUUGCGAAACCUUUCCAAUUGAAUUCAAUAGCCAAGUAAAAGGAUGAUUAGUGGUGGAAGAAUUCAAAGCUGUUACAAAUCAAAGGCAGACAGACCUGUUAAUUAUGGUUAUAAUCAUCAUCAAAAUCAUCAUAAUCAUAACAAACAUCAUCUUCUCAUCAUCCUAAUGAUGACAUCAACAUUUUUGAAUAAAUCAAUAGUCUGAAUUAUCUUGUUUAACCAUUCAAGUGUUGAAGUUAACCUUAUUAACACCAAACUAAUUAGUUGAUUCAUUCAUUAUCACUCUUUUUCUUCCAUCAUUUCCCUUAAAACCCAACAAGAAAAACAUUUGACUUAAUUGAUUAGAUUGAGUUUAAUAUUGACGUGAAAAAAUCCAUGAAUCAACUGUUAACAUUCAAUUGUAUUGACAUUAACAAUGCAUCAGCCUUUUGUGUUCCCAUAAGAUUAAAACAACUAGAAAAAGCUGAUGAUUCAAAUGACAACACAUAAAUAGAUUAAUAAUGCGAAAAAUGGGAAUAAUAAUAAUCUUAAUAAUGAUGAUAAUCAUGAUUAUAACAUUAUUCUGUUGAAGCAGAAAAACAAAUUCUUGUAAUUGAUUAACCUCUUUUUUCCCCCCAAUCUUUGACCAUCCUCUGGACUCCCAUUAUCAUCUUAAGAUGAACAUCUUCCAUUGAUCAUUCUAUUAACAACCUCUUUUCCCAUCAUUCUUACAUUUAUUAAUUUAACCCAAAAAUAUAUCAAAACCAAGUAACCAAAUUAUAUCAAAAACUGAUGUGAUGAUGAGGUCUUUAAAGGUAAUGAUAAUGAUGAUGAUGAUUACGGUGAUGGCUGAUGAUAACAAUGAUUAAAUGGGUAACAAAACGAGAGAAGCAAAAAUAAUGAUGUUCAACAAUAAUCAUGAAAGUUAAUUCCCUUUACUCCAUUUGAAUUGCCAAUACAAUUUGAUUACGCCUGAAGGAUAUUUGGUUCCACAUUUGCUAAGCAAAAAUACAAUAGGAAAGAGGACAGAAGAUGACGGAGGAAGAGCAAAAGAUGACAAAGAAGGAUGACAAAAAAAAACGAAAAAGAAAAUUGGAGAAAAUUUUUCAUGUUUUUUUACACGUAAAUUACUGUAACUGCUCAACUCUGCAUAUUAACUCGGUCUUGCUGCAACUACAUCUGGAACUGCAUCAUCACCAGAAAUAUCAUAAUCGCUGCAUGAUUUAUUCCUGGUUGACAAUUGGCAUCCAACAUUUAUCCAUUUCGAUUGGAAGAUUCUUGAGGAAGUUGAAAAUAUGUCUCAAUGAUUUCCGUUCAAAAUGAAACUUGGACUGGAUGGAAAUGAACAUGAAUUUAUCCUGGAGCAAUUUCAAGGGAAAAGGAUGAUUUAAGAUGAAAGUGUAAAGAUUAAUUUUCACUGUGAACCAGCAAAUUGUAGGCAACAUACAACUUUCAAGAUUGCUCCAAUGGAUGGGAAAAGGUUUAAUUAAAAAACCUAGAUUCUGUUUGCUUCUAUUACAAUUAGCAAAUGAAUAUUUUUAAACAGACAAAAAAGCAACGAGAAGCUCUUAAUUAAGACGUUGAAGGGUAAAAAUAUGACCUGAAAUGUUGCCAUGUUAAAGGUAAUAAGGAGAUGAAAAAAAGUCAAAUUUUCAUUUCUUCUUCUUCUGUAUCAUAUUAAAUUACUUGGUUCAAUAUCACCAGAAAUGACGAGCUUUAUGAUGGAAUGGAAGAUGGAAAACGGUGAAAUGAGGAGAAAUACAGAAAUGUAUAGUUCCAAAUGAAUCAAGAAUCAAAUAACAUGAUGAUAAUUUCAUUACUUAUUACUCAAUCUGGGGACCUUUCUGGGUUCAAACCUUUAUUUCAUCCUGCAUUGUCCUGUUGCUUUCCCAAGCAAUUACAGUUGAUCAGUUAUCAUUUUUAUUUGAUAAUUUUGUCUCUGUCAAGUUAUUAAUAAUAAAUUCUGUUGCCAAUUCA